AGGAAGGAAAGACAAGCUAGAGUUAAUAAGUGACUUUAAUCACUGAAAAAAAAGACAACAAAAAACCCUAAUGUUUCUAUCAAAUGGCAAGCUGUGUCGCUACUGCCGCUGAUAACAAGGGGCAGAUCUGCUCAACCACCAGUGCCACUUUGAUAGUAACAAAAGCAAGUGGAAGUGUUGAUUCUUCUGAAACAACUAGUUGGAAGUUCUCAUAUUCCACUGUGAGCUAUCUUGCAUAGGCGGUCAUGAUACCGCUGAAAUGGGUGGUGGCGGUGGUGGCAGUGACGGUGGGGACGCUGCUAGCGCCUGUAGCGUCUGAAGUGCCUUCCACUUGCGAUUGGUUGAUUCCAAGCGAAUCUGGCUGUGUGGAAAGCGCGGAGUGUAAAGACAGCGGUGAUGCCAUUAACGUCUAUGAAGACUGUGAAGUUGGAAUGGAACUUUUCACAAUAAAUGACACUACUGUUGCCUUCGACGGUGACUGUUCCUUUGCCAAUGGAAAAACGAAGAUAACUCUUAAACAAAAACUUGACGCCGAGGACUUUAACUCAAAAUCGUGCAAAGUAGUCGGUAGAUCCACACUCUACUUCAGAGCUGUGAAUAUCAACGAGUUUCCUCCCGAAACAACCAACGACACUGUCCCUGUCACUGAAGUGCAUGUCAAUGAGAAUCUGAAUUCCUUCGAGGGACCAAGUAUCUACUACAAAGAUGACGACUACGGUGAAACAGAAAGCUUGAGUUAUAAACUGAUUUCUGGGGACGAACAUCUCUUCUCACUAAAACCGGUUGAUGAUGGUAAUGUUAAUAUCAAGACUUUCACGUUCUCGGUUAACGGUAAACUGGACUAUGAAAGUAAGGUGUUCUACAGAGUGGAAUACGAAAUCAUUAGCACUGAUAAGAAGAAUAACAAACUGUCCGCCACACAAAUCUUCUUCAUAUAUGUGGAAGACAUGCCUGACAACAGUCCUUUCUUCACCAAAAUAGUUCCUGUUUACAAUCUUGAAGAGUGCAUGAUAGAGGAUAGUCUGUUUGAAGUGACGGCCCAGGAUAGAGACGUGGAUGUCAUGUACGACAUCAAAUAUAGCAUGGAUGUAGCUGGAGGCGGUGAAUAUUUCGGCAUUAAUGAAAAUACGGGGGAGGUAAGCAAGAAUGGCGUUAUAGACCGUGAAGAACUCUUGUCAAUCGGCAUAUCAACCUUCUCAUUGACAAUCACUGCAACGGAACACAAGAAGGAUGGCACACCAGGGGAGAUGCCUAACAACGCCACACAGGUGACCACCGUCAUCAUACAGGACUGCAAUGACAACUUUCCAGAGUUCAACAACGUGUCAUAUGCAAUUGAAAUGUAUGAAUUGACUCAAGAUUCCGGUAACAAGGAGCUCGAUCUGGAAAUAGUAGUAUCAGAUAUGGACGAGGGCAUCAAUGGAUCUUUUAAACUGACUACCAGCAAUCCUGAACAAUUAAGCAUUGAUCCGGAGAAUGUAAAGCAGUCGGCGAAUGUUAUCUUGACUGCCCAUUGGAUAUCCAGUAAAGAUAAUCCCUUCGACUACGAAAAUUAUCAAGAUCCUUUAGAGUUCACGAUAACAGCGACAGAGGAUGCGAACAAGACACACACUAACACCGUUAAUGUCACCAUCACCCUGCGUGACGUCAAUGACUGUCUGCCAGUCUUCAGUCAAUCUUCCUACACUGUGAACGUACCCGAAACUACAAACGUGGAUUCUGUCCUGCUUACUGUGGUAGCAGAGGACAAUGACGUAACGGAAGAUUAUGGCACGCCAAGUAUCAGUUACAGCCUCGAAUCCUCCUGCUACUACAAGUUUGGUAUCAACAACGCGUCUGGAGAUGUGACCUUAAAAAAUGAACUGGAUUACGAUGGCGAUAGUGGUGACAAAAAAAUCCACUGCAAAGUCUUCGCUAGGGACUCUUAUGGAUCAGGUUUAGCUACGUCUUCAGAAAUCACCAUCACUGUUAUUGACGAGGUGGACUAUCCCCCUAUAAUAGAGGACAAAGAUAUUGGAAUGACCAUAAAGGAAAACAGUAAAAAAAAAGAAGUUGGUAGAUUUAACGUCAUCGACUUGGACAGCGACGCAAAUAUUGAAUUCAACAUCACAUCGAGUAUUUGUUCCGGGGACGUAGCAACACAGGGAGACAUUAGCGGGUGGUUCGAUGUGUUCGCAGGCGAACCAAACCAUUCAGAAUAUCCAGGGAUUGUGACGGUGAAUAAUCCUCCUGACCGUGAAAUAUGCAAUGAAGUCACCCUCACCAUCAUGGCAGUGGAUAAGAAUACUAUUAAGGACACAGAUAACGUUAAUGGAACUGUCGUCAUUGAAAUCACGGAUGAAAAGGACGAGCUGCCCUUAUUCGUGGGUGACUAUGUAAAUUUGAACAUCGAUGAGUUUGAUGAGCUCCAAAACCCACCACCUCCAGAUAAAGUCUAUAUCUUCACGCUGAAAGUGAUGGACCCGGACGAAAGUGACACCAUCAAUCUCGACGUCAGCAAAGGUGGAGACAAAGUGGAGCUGGUACCAACAACUGUAACCGUUGCCCAAGGAGAGGAGGCAGAGGUGGAAGUGAGGACAAAACAGUAUUCUAAUAUCAAUCGGGAAGAGGAUCCAACCAUCGAAAUCGAAAUCUCGCUUACAAAUCCUACUAACAGUAAAGCUGCACGGAAAAGGAAAUUUAGCAUCAAGAUAAAUGAUCUCAACGACAAGAUACCAACGAUAGACUCAGACCUAACCAGCAGAAAUUACAGUCUUAAGGAGGACGAUGGAACGGAGUCUAUUAACAACUCCAUCAUCUUCACUCUAACCGCCAAAGAUGAAGACAGUGAAAGUCCUUACAACAUCGUGUCUUACUAUCUGAUGAAUAUUGACAAUCCCAACUCAAAAGACCAGCGGACGCCCUUCAUGGUGAAUGCGACCACAGGAAAAGUGAGUGUGUUCCUGACUGAGGAGAAGACCCUGGACCGAGAACGAGACCAAACCUGGGAACUGAACUUCUUGGCCCGUGACCAGUGCAAAGGCAAUGGACAAGAUGCGGACUGCGAGGUGUUGAGCAGCGAGCUGUAUAAGGUCUUCAUUACUGUAGAGGACGUCAAUGACAACCAACCUAGAGGCCUGACAUGGACACCAAACCACAACCCUCUUAUUGUGGAUGACUUCCUCAAAAACCACACAGAGCUCAAAUACAUACUGGAGGCAACAGACGAUGACAUUGGCACCAACGCCGACCUUACUUACGAGGUGCUCGGUACCUUCAGCUUCAAAGAUGGAGAGAAUAAGGACCUGUUUGAUGCACAAAGUGACAACAAUAUCUGCAGACUAUACUCCAAGACGAACUUUGAAGGCAAGAUGUUAACUGGAUGGUACUAUUUGACGAUACGGGCAACAGAUGGCGGAGGUCUGUCAACUGAUUUCAAUGUUACCUUGGAAGUUGUUGACGGCAAUGAUCAAGCUCCGCAAUUUUCGCUGAGUGGGUGCGCGGGUGAAGAAGCCGACAACAUCAUCAAGAUGGAGGAAGGUGACUAUCUACCAGGAGUGGACGGUAACCCCACACCCAUGCUAGUGAAUUGCUUGAAGCCAAACGGACUCCCCUUCACAAUCACAAUGACAGACGCAGACACAGACGUUGAUAACAGAAGAAUGGAAGUGAAGAUUGACUUAGCCAACUCUACCGUCGAAAACGCUGAGCAUGGAAACGCAGAGGAACAACUGAAGUACUGGAGCCUGGAACCCAAAACGUGCCCAUCAAACUGCGAGGUUCAGCUUAUGCUUUCACACGAGAUUGACCACGAGAAGGGAACUGCAUACAAUCUUUCACUGUACGCCAGAAACACGGAGCAGCCACUUCAAGAGACAUGGAGUAUGGUACGAGUGGUAGUGACCAAUAGAAGAGAAUAUGAGCCCUACUUCUGCACGGAAGCGAACUGCACCUACAUUGUGUACAUUCCCGAAAACGAACCAAAGGCUGAGGCAUACUUCAUGGAAGCGACAGAUAUGGACAACAUCAACACAGGUGAAGGAGACGAUCCAGUUGAACAAGUGUUUUAUUUCAUCACAGGGGGCGAUACGAAUUAUUUCGACACUUACAGUAAUAUGCAGAACAAAAUCAUCCUGAAAAAUCUGCCGAACGGUUUAGACAGAGAAGACCCAGAUAAAUCAAGUUAUUCGCUUGAUAUCCUUGCCACUAACGAUCCAUCAGGAUCCACUCAACCAGGGAACUCGUCCAGUAUUCUCCAUUUGAUCAUCCGGGUGCUUGAUAAGAACGACGUGGCCCCGGUCUUCAAGGACGUCAUUUUCACCAGUUUCAUGGAAACCGAUACAAUAGAAAAACGCUUGACCGUGAUCGAGGCAGAAGACUUGGAUCUCAACGAAACGCUGACAUAUACCAUUCUGGAUGAUAUACAGUGGCACGACACGGUUGUCCCGCCCCCUGUAACAUCAUUCACAAUUGAGCGAAAGGACUCACGCUCUUGUUACUUGAAGCUGGACUUCGACCCUAAGGCAGUGACGCAAGGCUACUGCAACUUUACUAUCCAUGUGGAGGACGCAGGUGGCUACACGGACAAGGCGCAGGUCAAGGUGUACAGUAUCAACGAUGACUACAAGGUGUCGAUGUACUUCUCAAACGAUGUGGCUUAUGUUAAGGAGACGGAAAACGAGAUCGAGGCAGCUUACACAGACGCCUAUGGGUACAGCUGCGUUAUCGACAGCAUCACGACUACCCAGACUUCCUCAGGCGAUCCUGUCGCCAACGAGACCACUGUCUACAUGCACUUCAUUGACGACGAAAAAAACAAGCCAGUCGCAAAGGAGACAAUUCUACAGCUCUCUAACAACGCAGACGUGAUGCGGAAGCUGUCUCAGGAACUCAAGUUACACGGCAUCAUUCUUGAUUCCGUGGGCCAAUACUUCCCGCCGGAAGGUGGAAAGUCUCCGGAGGACCAGAUCUUGACACUGAAGAUUCUCCUGGCUGUCGUGACCUUAGUUCUGGGUUGCCUCCUGGUGCUCCUCAUCACCGUGUCCUGCAUCCGCACCAGAAGCCUGAAGAGAAAAGUGCAUGUUCUUUCUACAAACACAUUUGGGUCCAAGGAGUCGGGUCUCAAUCACCUGGGGCAUGACGUGGUCCCUGGCAGCAACCUUGCCCAGGUACACGGGAACCAUAACCCAGUCUUCAGCGAGAACGACGACUUCGAGAUGAAAAUCCGAGACACGGGCAGCAUAAGCAGCGGAGAUUCUGACUUGAUCGGGGUGGAGGACAACCCAGAGUUCAAGAGCUACUCCAACAAGGGAGCGCAAGACUCUUCUUCAAAGGGUUACGAGAACUCUUCCUUCGGCCGCUCCAUCGACCAGGUGUCCGCUCCGGUGCCAGGGGUCCAGGGAGGUGUGAAGGGCAACCCACUGCUCAACUUCGGCGCAUUACAAGACUCGCCGAUGCCCUCCAACAACUCUCUGGAGCGCGAGGUUUUCGGAGACCACGAGGAAUCUGCGAGCGACACAGCGUCUCUCGACCAAAAGAUAAACUCCAAUUUUUCCUUCUCCUGAAGAAACGGACACAACAAAUGCAGCGUUGCACUGGUUUACAUUGAAGAUGUGAGCCAAUUCUCGAGUGCCUGUUUCACCUGCAGUUGGUAGGCGAUUGUUUUAAUUUUUAAUAUAGAUAUAGCAAUAACACGUUUGAAAACUAUAUUCUGGCUGGUAUUUAUUCAUCAAGGGGACACAUUUCAGUGAACUACACGCGGAAUGAAGUAAAUAUCAUAGUAUAUUUUCUUACAACAGUGAGAGUGAAUGGAAAAAGUGCACACAUUCAUGUCUUUUGUCGCUUGUCUUGACUGUCACGGAUACUAGAAUGAUAAUUUAAAAAAGUAAAAUUUACAAACAUUAGUGGCUACAGAAGAGUAAAUAUUAACUGUAGGUUGUAAAAAAAUGAUGUUGAUGAUGAUAAAAAUACUAAUAAAAUUAAUGACCAUUGUUGUUUUUAUCAUCACUAUUGCAAUUGUUCCCAUUAGCACUGCCAUCAUCAUCAUCAGCAUCAUCACCAUUGCUACAGCCAGAAUCACUACCUCUGGUCAUACUUCUGGCACUAGUUAUUGCUUUAUUGUAACUACUAAGAAUGAUAUUUUGACUGUAAUGAUCAUUUACGUACAACACUGUGAUUCAUUAGGAGGAAAUACAUAUACAUAUUCAUAAUAUAACGCCAUAUACCAUUA